GCCGCUUGCCUUCCAAGCAACCAAUAGGGCCGGGGAAGAGCGGGGUCUCCUGUAUGUCGCGCGAGAAUUUAAUACUACAACGCGUGGAGGGAGGGAAGUCUGAAGGAGAGCGGCUCCCUCUUCGAGCCUUCUCUGCCUGCGGCGUCGCCUUGAAUCUCUCACGCUGGCUCGUGGCAUCAGGUGACAAGAAUGGAGACUGAAACUGUAAGAAGCAAAACCAUGGAAAAAGAAACUACGGAACAAAGGAAGGAACGAGAAAAAAAGAAACGAUCUAGAGUUAAACAAGUGCUUUCAGAUAUAGCAAAGCAAGUAGACUUUUGGUUUGGCGAUGUCAAUCUUCACAAGGACAGAUUUCUCCGAGAACAAAUAGAAAAAUCUAGAGAUGGAUAUGUUGACAUAUCACUUCUGGUUUCUUUUAACAAAAUGAAAAAAUUAACCACUGACAGAAAAUUGAUAGCGAGAGCAGUUAAAAGUUCAUCUGUUGUAGAGUUGGAUUUAGAAGGAACUAAGAUAAGAAGACGGCAGCCACUGGGUGAGCAGCCUAAAGAUGUGGAUAGUCGUACAGUAUAUGUGGAAUUGCUUCCUAAAAAUGUCAAUCAUAGUUGGAUUGAACGGGUAUUUGGGAAAUGUGGAAAUGUGGUUUAUAUCAGCAUCCCUCGCUAUAAGACCACCAGAGACCCAAAGGGAUUUGCAUUUGUUGAAUUUGAAACAAAAGAACAAGCAGAAAAGGCAAUUGAGUUCUUGAAUAACCCACCAGAAGAUGCACCGAGAAAACCUGGUAUAUUCCCCAAAACAGUAAAAAACAAGGCUGUUCCUACACUGCCUACAAGUGAUUCCAGCGUAGUUGAAGAAAAGAAGAAGAAAAAGAAGAAGAAAUCCAAAACAAAGAAGGAAAACAGCCAACAAUCAAGUGCAGAAACAAAAGACCUAAACACGGACAUUACUGUGGAACACACAAGCAGGUCGAAGAGACAUAGGACAGUGUCAGAGAGCUCUGAAACAGAAUUAUCAGAAGUCCAACGGCAGUCUUCAAGGAAAGAGAAAAAGAAGCUCGAUAGAAUGGAAAGCUCAGGUUUAGGAGAAAGUAGACCAGGAAAGAGGAAGCGAAGCCGCUCUGGGGAAGGAGAGCUGUCAAGUGUAAAGGUAAAGAAAACGUCUCAGAAAGAUAAUGUUCAUUCUACAAAAGAAGAAUCCACAGAAGGGCCAGAAGAUUCCAAAGAAAUUUCCACUGAAGAAGAGAGAGAGAUUGGAGAUAAGAAAGAUACAUCUCUUUCAAAAUCUAAAAGGAAACACAAGAAGAAACAUAAAGAGAGACACAAGAUGGGAGAAGAGGUCAUUCCAUUAAGAGUUCUUUCAAAAAAUGACUGGAUGCAACUGAAGCAAGAAUAUUUGACCCUACAAAAAGCCAGCAUGUCAUCUUUGAAAAAAGCAAUGGCCCAAACAAAAACUCAAACUGUUGGGGAAAUGGAAACAGAUGCCUUUAUACCGAACCAGCCUGCAACAAGAAAUGGCAAAUGUAUUGCCUCUGAUGGCUCAGCCCCCGUUGAGAAGGUUCACACAAUGGGGCCCCAGUUUGAGGGUGGAGUGAUUGUGAAGAUCGUUAGUGCUGAGCCUUUGCCAGGCAGGAAGCAUAUCAAGGAUGUGUUAGCAGCAUUAGCUAAUGUUGCUUAUGUUGAUCUGCUGGAAGGUGAUACAGAGUGUCAUGUGCGGGUUAAAACACCUGAAGAUGCAGAAACUAUAAUAAAGUCACAUAAAGAACUGCAGACUAAAAACAAUUGGAAACUUGAGAUCCUUGCGGGUGAUCAUGAACAACGAUAUUGGCAGAAGAUCCUGGUGGAUCGACAGGCUAAACUUAAUCAACCACGAGAAAAAAAGCGGGGCACAGAAAAGUUAAUUGCAAAAGCUGAAAAAAUGAGACUAGCGAAGACACAAGAGAUAAGCAAGCAUAUCCGUUUCUGUGAAGAUGAAUAAAUGUAUAAUUUACUUGUAUGUAUGAAAUGCUGUUUAAAAGAGAAAUAAACUGUUCUUAUGAAUAAAUGAUCUCUGUUUCAUAAUACUAUGGGACAUACUAUGGGACACUUCAGCAAACUGAACUGCUACUUGAAUCUGUUCUAGAAGUAUCUCUUAAACUCUUUUCUGUAUGUAUCACAUAUUUUGUACACUGCAUUUUUAUAACCUGAGUUAUAAA